GGUGACGCAUGCGCAGUGGCGGCCUGGCUGUGUUGGAUGAUUCGGCCUGAAGCAGCUAUGGCUCGGCUCUGUGUGCUCCUCCUGCUGCCGGUCGUCUUUCACUCCGUGGCGGCCAUUUCGUUCUUUUUACCGAUUCGGACGCGGAAAUGUCUGAAGGAGGAGAUCCACAAAGACGUCCUGGUGACCGGGGAGUACGAGAUCAGCGAGCAGGCCAACAGCAAAGUCAACCUGAAGAUCACAGACUCGUCUGGUCACAUCCUGUACUCUAAAGAGGACGCCACCAAGGGCAAGUUCGCCUUCACCACCGAGGACUACGACAUGUUCGAGGUCUGCUUCGAGAGCAAGUCUCAGAUGGCUAUCGGGCGAGUUCCUGAUCAGCUCGUUAAUCUGGAUAUGAAGCAUGGAGUGGAGGCUAAAAACUAUGAGGAGAUUGCGAAGGUGGAGAAGCUGAAGCCCCUGGAGGUGGAGCUGAGGCGUCUGGAGGAUCUCUCCGAGUCCAUCGUUAAUGACUUCGCCUACAUGAAGAAGAGAGAGGAGGAGAUGAGGGACACCAACGAGUCGACGAAUACGCGUGUGCUGUACUUCAGCGUGUUCUCCAUGUGCUGUCUGAUCGGUUUGGCCACAUGGCAGGUUUUCUACCUGCGUCGCUUCUUCAAAGCCAAGAAGCUCAUCGAGUGAAGAGAGAAAACUCAACAGAGCUGCCAAUCACACACCAAGAAGCCCCGCCCCCACCUUCAUUUUACACCAUUUAGUUUUUUAAUUUCCCUGUGCGCGUUCAGGAGCUGACGGUGGGCGGAGAUGUCAUGGCGGCCAUGUUCAUGUUCCACUGUCGUUUUUGAAAUGAACUCAAUUAAUAAUAAAAUGACAUGUUUAUUCCCUUCUGCAUAUUUUUUUUAAAGUCUCAGUCCUGAGUGUCACUCGUUUCCUGUCCCAGUAUUUUUGGAAGGGGGCAAAUAUUUUGUACAUCUGUAGUUUUUUCUGCAUGGUUCAUUCACUCGCGUUCUGUUUUUCAUCUACAGAAUGUUCUACUUAAGCUCCGCCCCCAUGCUCUCAAUACUACAUUAAUUAUAUUACGUUCCUGAAGAAGCUGAUACGAUGGCGAGAUUUACGACGGUAAAUAAUCUGACGAAACCCUGAGAGUGUGGGCCGGACUCGUACAGGUAGCUGGAGUUUAAACUCGAGUCCGUUUUUUUAAUCCAGGUCGUUUGGCUUCUCUUUCUCUCUCUUUUCUUCCACCUGUGUAUUUUCAUAAACUCGUCUCUUCAGGAGUAAAUAUGGAAUGUCGACAUUCACCCAAAAGCAGAACCCUGAUGUGUGUUUUGUGAAGGAUGGUGUAACGUGAAGGAACCCAUCGUCUGGGUUCAGAUCUUCUGCUCUGGUUUUUCUGCUUUCAUGAGUUUUUCUUGCACAGUGACCGGAGGAGAGGGUUUUUUUUUUUUUUUUAAUUUUAUCUCCAUCUCUGACUUGGUUCUCCUCUCGGUCAUGCUGUGGUUUGGUUUGAUGUUUGUGGUGGAGCUCGUUUCAGGGUGACGGGUUAUUUGAUUUUGGAUUUUAUCCUUCGUCAGUCGGGAGCUGCGACUCAUCACUGAUGGUUUAUUGAGUUUUGUGGCAGUUUGCUUAUUGUUAAAGUUGAAUUGUCAUUCAAUAAACUUUGUUACUUAACAA